AUGAUGCUACUGGCUUUAGGGCCCAAAGCUUGGCCCAAGCUCUCGCAGUUCAAACCCCUUCUGAGGAUCUCUGGAAUUGAAACUCUGCACAUAAAUUCCCGUCAUUGGUCAGGGCAGGGCCAACGCCAAGGCCCUGGGCUAAAAACUAGAUUGCUGAUCACUGCCCUGUUUGGGGCGGGGCUGGGCUGGGCCUGGCUGGCUGCAAAAGCCGAGAAGGAACAGUGGCGCCAACAGCAGCGGACAGAGGCCCUGCGCCAGGCUGCGGUGGGCCAGGGUGACUUCAGCCUUUUGGACCACAAAGGCCAGCCUCGAUGCAAAGCCGACUUCCGAGGCCAGUGGGUGCUGAUGUACUUUGGUUUUACACACUGCCCUGACAUUUGCCCCGAUGAGCUGGAAAAGCUGGUGCAGGUGGUGCGGAAGCUAGAGGCAGAGCCUGACCUGCCCCUGGUGCAGCCUGUCUUUGUCACUGUGGACCCAGAACGAGAUGACGUGGCAGCCAUGGCCCGAUAUGUGCAAGAAUUCCACCCUAGACUACUGGGUCUGACUGGUUCUACGGAACAAGUAGCCCAUGCCAGUCGCAACUACCGUGUGUACUACAGUGCUGGCCCCAAGGAUGAGGACCAGGACUAUAUUGUAGACCACUCCAUUGCCAUAUAUUUGCUCAACCCAGACGGUCUCUUCACUGACUACUAUAGCCGUAGCCGGUCAGCAGAGCAGAUCGUAGAGAGCGUGCGCAGGCACAUAGCUGCCUUCCACAGCAUCCUGCCCUGAACCCCACCUCCUGCCUAGGCCAUCAUUAAACGGAUGCACUUGA